ACGUAUCCAACCUUCUACCCUCUGGACGGUUCAGAACUGGGGGAUUAGUAUUCAACCUCCCCCUCUAUAGACCCGGGUCCUGUCGCGUCGCGUUCGUGGCGUCGAUCAUUGCUUGCCGAGGACUUCAUCGCUCACCACCAUGAACCCCACCCCAUCCUCAUCGUCGUCGACGGUCCUCACAUUUCGACAUGAAUCGCCUGCAGGUAUCAGUCCAGAGCAACGAAACUCUCAGACCCCAGGCCCAACGGUGCCACUCCUGCAGAUCUCGCAGACACACCGACCGUUACGGUUCAAAGAGAAAUUCCAAGCAUUGCGAGAGAAGUACGAUCAAGUGACGGUCGAUCUUCAACUAACGAAGAAAAAGCUUGCAACUGCUACUGCAAAAGAACAGAAGAUGCAGGCAGAGCUUGACGCCCUACUCGAUGCAGUACUCAUGUCAGAAGCAGCGGCAUCGCUUACUGAAUAUGCUCAAAUGACUCCCUUUCUUGAUCGUGCUGGUAACGGUGUUCCUUACAGAGAAGAACACCCAAGCAUGGAGGCAGAGCGGGAUUAUGCCAGACGGCGUGAGAUAGAGAUGGAGAGAGAACGGGAAUACUUGGAGCGGGAGAGAGGUCUGGAAUACGCUGAAAGGGAGCGUGAGAUGCAGCUUGAGAGAGAAAGAGACCGGGAGCGGCAGAUGGAGAUAGAGAUGGAAAGAGACCGACACACGGAACGAUCAGAGCGGGAACGAGAGCGGGAACGGGACAGGGAGAGGGAAUUACAGAGAGAAGAUAUGGAGCAUGCCUUCUAUGCGAACGGAGGUGCGGCUGCUCCGAGGAGCAAUGGUCGUCGAAAUGGGCGGAGCAGGGAAUAUGGCGAGUUGGCGGCGUGGCGUGCACAACCUGAGGUAUGUAAGUUCAGCCUUCAGGUGGUUCAUAUCCCAUCAUAUGCCUGAACUUUCUCCUUUAUCCUGCUCACGAGAUCCGUCCAUGACGGUUUGUUCUUUCCUCAUCUCAUUCAGCCAGAAAAUCCUCCACCAUUACGCUACGUCCAUGAGUAUUCAGAGGCGAAUGGCCGAGCGCCCGGGCCUUAGGUCGUUCAUUCUUCGCACAAUGGCGCGCGUCCAGUCGUUUAAUCUUCUUGGUUUCGCGGAGCUUCGGGUCGCUUGGACUUCUUUCCCCCUCAUCUCAACGUACUUACAUGCACCGUCAUGGCCCUCGUUGUCUCUCGCUUUGCUUGUAAUAACACACAGUGCACGUCUGGCACUUGACGCGGUUGCACCCUAAUCUUACUCUCGUUGAC